CUGGAGGAUGUGUUGAAGACCAGAAAGAGAGGAGAUCUGCCCAAGACCCUGACUGAGAUGUACGUCCACUUCCUGGUGGUUCAGUCUAAACUGAAGAACGUGAAGUAUGAUGGAGGAGCUGAGACAGAUCCACACUGGACUCCAGAGAGCAGGAAGAUGAUUGAGUCUUUGGGACAACUGGCUUUUGAGCAGCUGCAGAAAGGCAACCUGAUCUUCUAUGAAUCGGACCUGACAGAGUGUGGCAUCGAUAUCAGAGAAGCCUCAGUGUACUCAGGAGUGUUCACACAGAUCUUUAAAGAAGAGAGAGGGCUGUACCAGGACAAGGUGUUCUGCUUCAUCCAUCUGAGCAUUCAGGAGUUUCUGGCUGCUCUUCAUGUCCAUAUGACAUUCAUCAACUCUGGUGUCAAUCUUGUAGAACCACAAACAUCCUCCUGGUGCUCGAAACUAUUUACAGACCAAUCUAAACUAAAACACCUCCACCAGUGUGUUGUGAACAAGGCGUUACAGAGUCCAAAUGGGCACCUGGACAUGUUCUUACGAUUUCUCCUGGGUCUUUCGUUGCAGACACAUCAGAGUCUUCUACAACAGCUGGUUACAGAGAAAGAAAGUGAGUCAAAGACAAAUCAAGAAACAACGGAGUACAUCAAGAAGAAAAUCAGUGAGGAUCUCCAUCUAGAGAGAAUCUUCAAUCUGUUCCACUGUCUGAAUGAGCUGAAGGAUCAUUCUCUAAUCGAGGAGAUCCAACAGUACCUCAGUUCAGGAAGACUCAUAGGAAAGAAUUUUUCUCCUGCACAGUGGUCAGCUCUGGCCUUUAUGUUAGUGUCAUCAGAAAAAGAUCUGGAUGUGUUUGAUCUGAAGAAAUAUUCUGCUUCAGAAGAGGUUUUUCUAAGGAUGCUGCCGGUGGUUAAAGCCUCCAAAAAAGCUCUGCUGAGUGACUGUAACCUUUCGGAGAGAAGCUGUGAAGCUCUGGCCUCAGUUCUCAGCUCCCAGUCAUCUUGUCUGAAAGAGCUGGACCUGAGUAACAACGACCUGCAGGACACAGGAGUGAAGCUGCUCUGUGCUGGACUGGGGAGUCCAUACUGUAUAUUGGAAACUCUCAGGCUGUUGGGCUGUCUGGUUUCAGAGGAAGGCUGUGCUUUUCUGGCUUCAGCUCUUAGGUCCAACCCCUCCCACUUAAGAGAGCUGGACUUGAGCUACAACUAUCCAGGAGACUCAGGAGUGAAACUGCUGUCUGCUGUAGUAGAAGAUCCCCACUGGAGACUGGACAAACUCAAGGUGGACCAUGGUGGACAGCAGAGAUUAGCACCUGGUGUGAGAAAGUAUGCUUGUGAACUCACUCUGGACCCAAACACAGCACACCAUAAGCUCAGACUGUCUGACAACAACAGAAAGAUGACAGCAGUGAGAGAGAAGCAGCCGUAUCCUCUUACUCCAGAGAGAUUUAACCACUGUCAGGUUCUGUGUAGAAACGGUCUGACCGAUCGCUGUUACUGGGAGGCUGAGUGGAAAGUAGAUGUUCUUAUAGGAGUGGCGUACAAAGGAAUCAUAAGGAGAGGAAACACUGAUGACUGUUGGUUUGGGAGGAAUGAUCAAUCCUGGAGUCUGCAGUGCUCUGAACAUGGUUACUCUGUCUGGCACAAUAAGAGAGAAACUGACCUUCCUUUCUCUGCCUCUGGAUCUGACAGAGUAGCAGUGUAUGUGGACUGUCCUGCUGGCACUCUGUCCUUCUACAAUGUCUCUCAUGGCAAUCUGACCCUACUCUACACCUUCCACUGCACAUUCACUGAGCCUCUCUACCCUGGGUUUGGAUUUGGAUACGAUUCCUCUGCGUCUCUUUGUGAAUUGUAGGAAGGAGAGUCCUCUCCUCUGGAGGGAAAACUAAGAUAAGAUAAGAUAAGAAAACCUUUAUUUGUCCCACAGAGGGGAAAUUGCGGUUUGCAAAGAGCAAAGACAAGAGCAGAGAUAGAUAAGUGUACAAAGUAGCAUAAACAAGUGUCAGACAAGAAAGUACCAUUCUUACAGUAAAUAGUAACUAACCUUUUGGUAGCAUAAUAGAGCAGUUACAUUAUCUUAAAAACAUUGAGGGAAAUGCUUCUCAGCAAGGCACUAAACUCACAGCAGCUUGUUAUUAGCAAACAAUGAACAACAUACUGUAACUGAGGAUUUCUCUCCACUUCUGGAACAAUAAAUAAAUAAUAAUAAUAAUUUACUGUAAACACAAGCUUCAUAUAUAAAAAAUCAUGUCCAUGUUUUUAUUUAUUUAACCUUUAUUUAACCAGGAAGUGCCUUGAGAUUGAUUCAUUUUCUGAGGGAGACCUGGCCAAGACGGCGCACCAGUUACAAAUUAAAUAGAAAUAAAAACACAAACAAGUCAAAAAAACUUAAUAUAUAAAAGAAGGGGACUAAAUCCAGCUCAGUUACAUGGAGUUUUAACAUAAAUUUAUUUAAUGGGAGAAGAUCCUUUAGAGGAAGUUUGCAAAUUAGUUUGCAAGUCCAGGUCAGCUAGAUUCUGAAGUUCAGACGGAUUAAUGACUUAAUGGAUUCUCUUUGAGGGAAAUCUUUAUCCUCUUUCAUCAACAGACAAUAAGAAAGUCUUCCCUUUGAAAGCCUAUAUAUAUAACAAUAUGAUAUGACCCCUUUACAACACCACUAUCCAGUGGACAGACUGCAUCACUGCAUCACGGUCAACAGGAAAGCUCCCCAAGAGGAGAUAAUAAACUGUUUUCCCAAAUAAAACCUGUCUUGGAAGUUUUUGCAAAAGGUGCUUCUACACAGUCAGAACAGGAAGUAGACAAAUGUCCUUGAGGAAAUGUAACAGAGGGAGCAAUAAUAAUAAUAUAAUAAUAAUAAUAAAUUUAUUUGUAGAGCGCUUUCAAAACCUUAGAUAACAAUAAAAAAAGAACUGAAAUUAAGAAAUGAUCAUGUUUCCUGUCACCAACCCACAGUCUCAAGGUUGCCUCUUUAUUCACCUGAAGCAGCAGGAAUAAUGGAAACCUGUGAUUGGUUUGGCGAGUGAGUGAGAUCAUCUCAGACCCUGCUGAGGUACCCUUGAGCAAAACAUUGAAUCCCCACCAGCUUGUAGGGCUGCUAGAAUUGUUUUCUGUUCUCUAAUCUUAGACCUCUCUGUCGGUCAACUGAGUAGGUUAAGCCUAGUAGAUUAUUUUACAUAAUUUCAUCUUCAAAAUGCCAGAUAAAAAAAAAAAGUGUUUAUUGCAUUAUACAGAGACAUAUUUAAAAAAUAAAUAAAAAAACAUUGAAAAAAAUUAAAAAGUAGGCUACAGAACACCAUGGGAACCAAAAUAUGAAUAAAAUCUAAAUGUUAAGUGUUUCGAUUACAGACGCAUGAACAAGUAAAUAGAAAUAUUUUAAAAUAAAGUACAGGCUAAUUGUUAGUGACCGCUUGUAAUCAUUAAAGUGUAAGGGUUUCAGUGACUGUGAAUUUUUUUGUCUUUGUAAAAGCCUGUUUUAUUGGGAUAAUGGUGUAAACAAGGACAGAUCACUCCAUGCAGGUACCAGUAGCAUUCAACAGUGGGCAGCAUAUUUUCUGUCACUAGGCUAAAAUACCCACUGUGAAUAGAUAAACCCCGCACUUACCUGUUUAUGGUUUGUCGCAAACCACAAACAAUAGCAGGGCGAACAGAAAAAGGAGCUCACGCUAGAGACGCCAUGGUGCUGAAGAUCGCAAAGCCAAAACAAAGAAAACUGCCAGUUCCUACUUCACUGUGUGUUUUAAAGGUUAUUUUGUAUAUGUGUAUAUUGGGAAGAGUAUAGAGCAUGUAGUUUAAUUUGUGUAUUUAAUGAGGUUUAUUGUUAUUCAUAUUUGA